CUCUUUCUCUAUUGAAUAAUUUCUUGGUUGAGUUGAGUUUCUCUCACUAGAAGUUAUUUUAUUUUAUAAGUAUUAAUAGUAGUUGUAGUAAUAUAAAUGUAGCAAGGGAAGCAAGAUGGCAGCUUUGUUUUGUCAUGGCCGUUUGUGAAUUCUCUCCUAAGCAAAAACAAAAGUAUUCUCUUUCACACCUUUCAAUUUUCAAUCUCAUAAAAACAAACAUGAAAGAAUAAUCUAGGGUUUAACAACCAACAUCAACUCCAACAAGAAAUUCCUGUUGGGUUGAUCCUGUGGAUGUUUCUUUUUAUUGUUUAAAGAUCUAUUGUUUUCGGGGUACUAUGGAGGAGGUUGAAGAAGCUAACAAAGCAGCAAUAGAGAGCUCUCAUAGAGUUUUAAGUAUCUUGUCUCAGCCUCAAGAUGAGGUUAGCUAUAGACAUUUAAUGGCUGAAACUGGGGAAGCUGUUUUUAGGUUCAAAAGAGUAGUUUCCCUUUUGAACUCUGGUUUGGGACAUGCAAGGGUGAGGAAGUUAAGGAAACUGCAAGCCCCUUUUCCUCAGAGCACCCUUUUGGAUACUCCACACUGUAAUUCCUCAGCCUCAGAUUAUCCAUCCAAGAAUCUGCACCUUGGUUGCCAUGAAAGCUCGGUUCAAGAACUGACUUCACACGCUAAGAAAUCUCUAUAUUUAGGGAACCCAUCUUUGGAAUUGAGUUCCAAUGGGAAACACCCUCUUCAACUCUCUCAAAAGGCGUCGUUGGGCCACUAUCAUUUCCUCCAAAAACAACACCAAAUGAAACAACAGGCUGAAAUGAUGUUUAGGAAGAGCAAUAGUAGUGGGAUGAACUUGAAUUUCGAUAGCUCUAGCUGCACACCAACCAUGUCAUCAACCAGGUCUUUCCUCUCUUCGUUGAGUAUGGAUGGAAGUGUAACUAACUUGAGCGGCGGUGGGAGUGCCGCCUUCCAUUUAAUUGGUGCACAUCGUUCUUCAGAUCAAAGUUCCCAACAGAAGAAGUGUUAUGGUAAGGCAGAAGAUGGGAGUGUCAAAUGUGGCACUAGUGGUAGAUGCCACUGUUCAAAAAAGAGGAAACAUAGAGUGAAGAGGUCAAUCAAGGUGCCUGCUAUCAGUAACAAGCUUGCUGACAUUCCUCCAGAUGAUUAUUCAUGGAGGAAAUACGGGCAGAAGCCAAUCAAGGGCUCUCCUCACCCUAGGGGAUAUUAUAAAUGUAGCAGUAUAAGAGGUUGCCCUGCAAGGAAGCAUGUGGAGAGGUGCUUAGAAGAACCAUCCAUGCUUAUUGUUACCUAUGAAGGUGAGCAUAACCACCCAAGAUUACCAUCACAGUCUACAACAUAGGAAAUCUCACUCUGCCUAAGAUUGGUUGGCUAGUUGCCUUUGCUUGUUCCUUUACAUAUUUUGCAUGGAUAUACAUAUGGGAGCAAUUUCUUUUUCAUUUUGCUUUCCUGUUUUGUUUGCCUAGUGCUGGACCAAAAGAAAAUUGUAGAAAAAAAUUGGGGUUUAAAUUGAAAGAAAUAGGGUUUGAUGAUUCAAGGGAAA